AUGGCGACAGACGUGGUCGUGGCACGCCCGAAUCAGGCCACCGCAGCCCCGACUUCAACAUUGAUGGGACCUCGGCAACAGCUCCUCACGCGCCGUGGCCGGUUGCAGCGUGCAGUCCAUGGCGAACCCACCGCUGCGCAGGCAGCACCUGCUCACUACACGGCCAACGAAGUUUCAAACCAGGUCACCCAGGUCAUGGGCACGUACCUGCGCGACUGGUCUGAGCGACAGCAAGAGCAACAAACUCGCCUCCUGGAUCAACAGCGCAUGCUCCUUCAGGAGACGCAGAGCCAGCUCGAUCGAUCGCUCAAAGCGAGCGAGGGUCGGCUCGCCCAAGGAAUCGUCGUCCACACUCAUGCCCAGCAGCCGGGCGCCUCGACACUUCCCCAAUACGCCUCAAAGUCGUCCCCACAUGCACCCCACCCACACCACCACACACCCUCCCUGCGCUGCUCAGCAACAGGAACCCGCUGCCGCGGCCGCGGAGGGAGCUGUCGCCACUCCAGCCACCGUGAGAAUCGGGCUCACCUGACCGCAGCCCCCUCUGCGCCUGCCUUCGCCUCUUCUUCCUCGUCUUUAGACCGCCUUGUCCAGACGGCUGCAAGUCUGCGGGAUGAACUUGCUCAAUUGCGUGGCCAUACUGAUCACCAGUUUGGGGCUCUGCGUCGCACACCCGCCCCUCUCGACCGCUACCUCGCUCCGCAAUCCAAGUCGCCCCCCGUGUCCAACACAUACACAACGCCGCGACGAGCCCCAGGCCAGGAUGGCAUGGUGUCUGAGGCUGAGGCCCAGCUGGCUGCCGCACGCCGGCAGCAAGAGGAGCUCUCGACCCGCCUGGCCCUCUUUGAUUCGCAGAUGGAUAUGGAAGAUGCUCUCUUGGAUGUCUUUGGACCAGCUCACGAUGAGGAGACAGACCAAGCCGCCAUUCGCCGCUCUGUCAUGGAUGCAAUGCGCCGUGCUCGUGCACAAGUGCAUUGGGAACAAGCUGGUCUCCCCUUACCCACUUCCUCUGAGAGUGAGACGGGCAGCAGCAUUGCUCAUGCCCAACGCAAGUUUUCGCCCCGCCCAGGAACAAAGCUUUACCACCCUGACAAACACUCUACGGAGCCACCUGGCCCACCUUCUGACCCACCAAAAGCUUCACCAUCUCGGAAUCCCAAUCCAAGGAAGCGACGCGCCUUGCCGCACGAAAUAGGCAUCCAUGGCCCCACUGCAGCCCCUUUCCGCGCGACCCGUGCCUCGCAACUUCGUGCCGAAGCAAAUCGCCAACGUGCCACUCAGGAAUCAAGUCGCGCACAAAAGCCACGCCGCCAACCAAGCACAAGGGUAGAGCCCAAAUCUCGCGCUCCCGUUCCCUCCGCCCCCAUCGAUCCACCCCGAGCAACGCCGCCCCCUGUUGAAGCCAGUCCACCUACAGCACCCGCCGCACCCGCCGCACCGUGGGCUCCAGAGGUACACGACCAACUCUUGCACGACAUCCUUCAACAACUCCGGCCUCCGCCCCCCGAAGAACCCGCAGUUGCGAGUCCUCCUGCGGAUGUGCCUGAGAGAGCAGACAUGCCUGAAGCGGCCCUGUCCUCGGACACUGUCCAUCCAACUCUGACCUAUCAAGCGCCACCCACCACCAGCUGGCAGCCUGCUGCCAUUGGACGGCGUGCUUUGGGCGACGCCGCCCGCUGGACAGCCGCUGCUCCCCCAGAUCUCGGCACGGAUUGGCAUCAAGAGCUGGCCCGAAUGACGGAAGACCACGUGAUGGCAGCCGCUCUCUCCGCGGCACACAUUUCACGCCUGCCGCCCCCACCGCCCCGUUCUAGCCCAGCUCCAGAGGCUCCCCAAAACUCGCUUUUGCUUGCUCACUUGCAACCCAAGCAAAUCGAGCAGCUAGUGUUGGACGACUUGGUUGCGCUCGCUGGUGCCGAAGCAGCUGCUCUCCGCGCCGAACGCGCGCCUCCGUUGCCCGUGGAGUCGCCUGCACCCCCAACACCCCUGCGCAGCACCCCGGACGCGGAUGGACUAAUCACCGCGCCGACAUCGCGGAUCGUCACCCCUACCCCCUCCGAGUCUGAUGAUGCCUCGGUUGCCCCAGCCACCCCUGUCCCAGAGCCUCAGCCAGAGCCUGUACCCCGUGGGCCCGCGACAGCUGACAUCCAGGUGCAGACCGAGUCGCCAAGGCAGUUGGUGGUGCGAGCUUCGUCACCGGUGGGCUUUGGGCCAGCAAGCCCACAACUGAUUGGCACAGCCAUCAGCGAAGCCUCCGAGCCAAUUAGCCGCUUGGCUGAUGCCACGUUGUCGACGCCGCCCAACUCGCCGCCGUUUAAAUCUCACGGCGCGGCCCACCAAGAAACUCAGACCACGGAUCCUAUCCAAUCUCCCUCCCGGUCCUCGUCAAUCGCUGACGUGCUGACCUCGCCGCCAGCCCCAGUGGCAUCGACGCCACCGCCGGACGUGGGCCCCAUCACAAACGAGGACGUCACCAGCAUAGCUUCGCAUCCCUCUAGCGUGAGCAUGCACUCCGUUGGUCUCUCCGCGGCCUGGCCCGUCUCUGGAGGCCACGCGGCAAUGAGUCUCCUUUCGGUCGGAGAGGUCUCACUACCCAGCGAGCUCGACUCCUCGCAGGCCAGUCGUGAGCCUGGUCAGUUAUCAGCCUCAUCAAGUAGCGCCCUUUCUGAACUUUCGCAGGGCGACGAAAGUGCGUGGAGUGAGGGUCAGGUGGGUCAAGAGCCCUGGGCCGCAGCUCAUCAAAAUGCCUGGGCUGAGUCUCGCACGAGCGAGGAGCAUUCUGAUGCUGACUCGAGCUCUCUUGCCCUAAGCGAGGGCCUCCUUUCCUUGGGCGAACUACCCGUUGCAGCUCCGGUGACGGCCACUUGGUGGCCGGCUGCCCCACAACCACGCCCAGCGCCUCGAACGCCGAUGCCGCAUCCUGCCAGUGCGCUCGGCUCCCCGCUCCACUCACCAACAGGACAUGUCAGUCCCGCAAACGUGCGCGAUUGGUCCGUUCAAGAGACAGAGCAUGCGGCGUGGCACGUGCAAGCGCCUUUUGCCACGGGCCAACGAUCAUCACCCGUGGCCCAUCUGGCCGACCACCUCAGCGAAGAUGAUGGAUCGAGUUUCUAA